CCGGCCCUCUCCAGUUUCCAAUUUGGAAACGGGAGGUUGCCCCGCCUCGCGGGAAUAGAAGCUUCCGACGAGCAGGUCGCCUCAUUCUUUCCCGGCAGGCAGAGAAAUAACUCUCCCCUCGCCGGGAUCCCGCCGGUGACAAUGGUAAGGUGGCCGCCGCCGCCGCCCGACGGCGCGCAGGCCUUCGGCCAUGACCCCAUCGCGCUGUCCUUCUUCGUGAUGUGCGUGGCCGCGACCGUGGCACUGACGUCGUCCAUGUGCUCGGCGUGCGGCCGCAAGGCGAAGCCGGCCGCCGAACCGGACCCCGCCGCGUCGGAGCAGCCGGCCGGGACGGGCUCCGUCUCUGGCGGCAGCCAGCAGGAGGCUGGCACCGAGGAGGACGACGCGGAGGUGGUGAGGCUGUCGCCGGAGCUAGCGACGCACGGGGCAAUCGACCCGGUGGCGCUGCCGUCGUCGACGUCGAAGCGGCGGCUGUCCGUGAGCAUGAGCAAGAACCUGAGCAAGAACAUCCCGGACAAGCUGCGGCUGAGCCGGCGGGAGCGCAAGGACCACCAGCACAAGGCGGAGUCGGAGGACACGCUGUGGAAGAAGGGCAUCAUCCUCGGGGAGAAGUGCCGGAUCCCCGGGGAGAGGGAGGCGGAGCAGGACGACGGCGUCGACCCCGCCGACGAGAUCACCGCCGGCAGCUUCCGGCGGACUAGCUACUCCCAGCCCAUGUCGCGGUCGAGCUCGUUCGCCGUGCAGCAGCAGCCGCCGCCGCGGCUCGACGCCCCGGCGCGCGCCUCGGAUUGUUGACGCUCCCGUAAUUCACCGAGAGGGGACGCUGCUGCGUGCGUAGGGGCAAAAAGGGGGGAGAUGCUGGUGCGAUUUCAAGCGCACUCGGAAUCUCGGAUUCAGGUGUGGCUGCUCUUUGACUUUGUCAUGUCAUGUCUCAUGGACGUUCGAUCCUUGUGAAAUUUUUUGGUCUGGAUGCAUUGAUGUUCUUU